AUGGUCCUCACCAUCGAGUCCGGCGAGGCGUCGCUCGCGGAGGCCUUCCCGCUGCGGCUGGAGUUGCUCGUGCCCGGGCAAACCUUCGAGGUCCGCCACGAGGUGCGCGCGCUUCGGCGCGACGGCCAGACGUGGAUCAUGUGGAACACGCCCGGCGGCGGCAAGGGCGGCAUCGUCCCGGUGAUCGCGCGCCACGCCAUUCCAGCGCUCUGCGCCCACGGCAAGAUCGAGGGCUACGACUCGCAGAGGCAGAUCCUCGGGAAGCUCGGCGUGAAGCCGGAGGCGAGGUCCGAGCAGAUGGCCGACGUCUUCUACGGCGACAAGAAGUCGAUGAGGGCGAGCGCCGUGACCGAGAUGCUGGCCAUCUGGACCAUGAACUCCUUCGCCGCCGCGUGCGCCAUCGAGCCCUUGCGCACCGCCGCGGACGUCGCGCGGAUCUUCGGCGACCAGAUGGCGCGCUUCGGCAAUUGCGGCGUGGGCUUCCACGAGCUGUCCAUCGAGGACCAGACGACACGUGCGGAGAUGGCCGUCGCAGCUUUGGAGAUCAUCGCCGGCGUCGAGACGGGGUCGCUCGCGUCGACGACGCACCUUCGAUUCAAGAAGCGCAUGCUCGAGAUGGACCCGUCGUUGGCGAGCUGCAUGCCUGGGCCGUCCGUGCAACCGCCUGCGCCUGUGCCUACGCCGCGCGUCAUCGGCGAGCGACUGCCUGCGGUGAGCCCGCGGCCACGGCGUCGCCUGCUGAGCUACCACCACGGCGACCAGCUGCCGGCGCCGGUGCGAGACGUGCCCAUGUUCACGCUGCUGUCGUGGCUCUUGCAUCCUGGCCGCUCUGCGCUGCCGAGUCUGAUCAGCGGCGUGGCCGUCGCCGACGGGCCGUCGAGCUACGUGCGUUCCGUGGUCCUGAGCGAUGCGGCCGUGAAGGCCGACGGCCCGAAGCGUCUCUUCAUGCAUCGUCUGGCGGUCUAUUUCGGUCUGUCGGUGCUGGCGCAACACGACAUCGCCGAGUACUCCGGACUGCUUCAUUCCAUCUACGGCGGCCACGGUGGGUACGUCGAGCGCGGCUACUUCUUCCCGAGGCCGACGGCGCGCGCCGUGAGCGAGACGUGCGCCUAUGUGCCGAACUACGACAAUGAAGAGGUCCCGACGGUGGGCCAGGGCGGCGCGGGCGUGCACGGCGGAGCCACGGGCGGCGACGACGACGAGCCGGUCGCUGCUGCGGACGAGCGCGAGCGUGAGGAGACCGACGUUCGGAUCGACGAAUUGAAGGAAAAUUUCGAGUCCAUGUGGAGAUCGAAGCGCACGGAGACACCUCUGAAGGACGGCGGAUCCGUCGCGUCGAUUCUGUCGCUGGAGCUGGCCCUCGGCGACUGGCUCAAGGACCCGUCCAAGGUCAUGUUUCUCGUGGAACGCGCGCUGAUUUCCGAGGGCAUCGACCUCGAGGACGCCACGGCGGGCCUCGUCUUUCAAUUCCGACUGUGCGCGAAUGUCGACGCCGGAGAGUACACGACGGGCUCGUACAUGCUCUCGAAAUCGCGCUCCGUCGUGGCACUCGUCGUCUACGUGCUCGAGGCCGAGCGAGCCAACCACCACUACACGAUGAUGAUUCCGCUGGCGCUGUCGACGUCGCGCGACCACAAGGACGACAACUCGACGAUGACGGGCGUGCUGAGGGAGCCCAUCGCGGAGCUCACUGCAUUGACGGGUGGCUCUGUGCUUCGAUUCACGGUGACCCAUCCGGCGAACGGCCGGACCUACGUGCUGGAAUUUUCGUUCUUUGGCUUUGUGGUUGAUAUGAUGGCUGAGUUUGCGCUGAUUGGCACGGCGGAUUUCAAAUCUGCCCCGAACCGCGACGCACCCAAGCACACGGGGGAUAAACGAUUCGCCCAGCUCGCGGACGACGACGGGAAUUUGGGCUUCAUCGUCGUGUCCAACCUCGAGGGCAAUCUGGCCUUCGUCAACAGCCUCGCCGCCGACGGCAAAGAGAAAGGCGUCACGGGUAUCAGUGGCCACGGCGUCGUCGACGCUCGCCUGGUCUCGUGGUGCGCUCUACACCUCGCGGGGCGUCUAUUCGCUGCAUUCAUCACUUUCGUCUUCACGACGAUCAACACAUGGGCCAAGCUCUCCGGUCCCGCUUUCAUUGCCGUCGCCAAGGCCGUGCGCGACGCCAUCAAGUUCGACCUCCAGUUGAAGACAAAAAAAUACACGUCGAGACUCAUGGUGUCCAACCAAGGAGGGAACGCUGCCCGUCACGCAUUCCAGCGCUGGCUCCCUUUUAGCGACGUGAUCCUCGCCAUGAUACCCCACGACGAGCGCCACGGCCCGCGCGUGCGCCUCGUGGGCAGGCUCCUCGAGCUCUACGGUAGGGUCGGCGCGGCUUACGUCACGGAGGACGUGGAGGACGCGCGCCAGCGGGCGUACGACCUGGCUUACGUCACCAUGGAGCUGCUGCGACUACACACGAUACUGUUCGGCGCGGCGCCGCCGACGCUACGCUACCUUGGCGGCCCGGCCGUCGCCGAGUUCCGUCGCUUCCUCGAAGCAGGCGUCGCCCCGGCCAACGUCGACGCCCGCGCGCCGGAAUACAUGGUGCUCCUGCGGCGCCGCGUGGCCCACCACCACACCGUGCUCCUCGGCCUAGCCGCCGGCAACUGCGACGAGGACCGGGAGAUCGCGGCGUUGAAGAGCGCCCACCGUGCCCAGUACGGCGAGUGCACGCGCCGCCCGCGGCACCUUGGACGGUACGCGGCUGCGAAGGUCUGGCGACGCGAACUGUCGCGGAUUGCGGGUGAGAGGAACGCCAGCAGGCUCCUCGCCCCGUGCUCGCGGCCAGCUGCUGCGGCCGCGCCGCCGCGGCCGCCUGAGGUCCAGCUGACGGGCCCCGACGAGCCGGCGGCGCUCGCGCUCUUCCGCGCUCGUGCGGCGCUGACGUUCGAGAACGAGCGCGUCGCGCCCGUCGCCGUCCGCGUCGCUUUUGGAGAAACCUCCACGACCUGCGAGGUGAUUUUCUACAUGUCCCGCUCGUGGGCCUUCAUCCAGCUCCACAACUUCGUCUUCGGCGACCGCGGCGGCUUCCGCAUCAAGCCGACCACCGUCUCCGCGUGGCGGUUCGUCGAGGCGACGGCGGCCUUGACGCUCCUCGUCAAGCGGGCGCCGGCACCCGUCUCGAAGGCGCGCGGCUACCCGCUUCCGCUCCGCUCCGUCGGGACGGAGCGCCGGGUCAUCGUCAUCACGGCGCGCGACCUCGUCGGCCAGAGGCCCGGGACGUCGGCCGAGCGGCUGAAGGCCGGGUUCUACAGCUGGCGGACGCAUUUUAUGGUGGACAACCCGGCCCUUUCGACGACGGGCGAGCGGACGACCGACGACGCCUUCGGCGACUUCAACGCGGGCUUCACGGACGAGGACAAGGACGCGUGGAAGAAGGAGGACGCCGAGCGGGAGAAGCGCUACCUGACGUCGAGCGACCUCGUCGAAAUGAGCGGCACGGACAUGGACAGCAUCACCGCCGGCUCGUUUGCCGCCGAGGCCGCGUGGCGCCUCGGCACCGCCUCGCCGCAGUACAUGUGCGAGUUCUGCGGCGAGAUGAUCUACAUCGCCCACCACGCCGACGACAUGGCCGAGUACCGCCGCGUCGAGGGCAACCAGGCGCACCCGAACUGCGCCCAGGUCCGCAUCCUCCGGGGCGAGGAGGGCAUGGGCGCCGACGUGCGGCCCGACAUGCCCGCCCCCGCGGAGCAGGGCCUCCUCCCCGCCAUCCUGGACGACGACGACGACGACGACCCCGGCGCGUGGGACGAGGUCUACGCGGCCGGCGACGCGCCGCUGCUCCUCGACGUCGUCCAGCAGCCCGGCGUGACCUGCGAGGCCGUCGCCGCGGCCGCCGCGCGCAACAGCGACGACGCCGUCGACGCCCACGGCGCGACGGCGCUCCACCUCAUCUGCGCCAACGAGCGCGCGACGCCGGCGCUGCUACGCGCCGUCGCGGCCGCGCUGCCCGAGGCGUCCGUGCGCGCGAAGACGACCGCGAGCCACCCGAAGCUCGGCGGCAAGUACAACGGCGCGGGCUCGACGGCCUUCACGGCCCUCGUGCGGAACCGCACUGCGACGCCCGCGCUGCUCCGCGCGCUCCACGCCGUCGACGACGGAUUGAUCUCGAUGCGGACGGACAACGGCACGACGGUCUACCACGACCUCAUGCUGACGCCGCGGCCCGACGACGCCGAGCGGGCGGCCCUCUUCGAGUGCAUCCACGAGCUGGCGCCGGACCUGGUCCGGACGGAGAGCGCCGCGAUCUCAGUUCUGCGCCACGACGCGAACGCUACGGCGUGCAACGACGACAACAGUUUGACGACGGGCCAGCCCCGUCGUCACAACGAAACCGACAUGACCGACACCGUCGAAAUCACGCGCGACGCGCCGCUGUCGGCGUCGCUCCAAGCCUUGACGGAGACCUACCCUGAUGCGCCCGCGGCGGAGCUGCGCCGCUUCGCCGACGCGCGGCCCGACAGCCAAGAGGACGCGCUGGCCUUGUACGCCAAGUACCUCGCCUGGCGCGAGGCCGACGGCUCCGCGGCCGCGCUGGCCGAGGCCGCGGCGCCGCUCGGCGGCACGAUCAGCGAGGGCUUCGCGAGCCUCGGCCCGAAAACGGCCGGCGACCGCGUGCUGCUCGUCGAGGGCGCGCGCUACGACAGCGCCUUCGACCACGCGGCCUACGUCGCGCUGCUCUGCUCGCACAUGGACGCCGCCUGCGCCGCGGCCGACGCCAAUCGCGUCGUCGUCGUCGUCGACUGCCGGCCCUGCCGGGGCUGGCCGAGCCCCGCGGGCUGGUCCUUCCUGCCGCUGCUCCGCGCCAUCCUCGGCACGGCCCCCGACUGCUACCCGGAGCGCCUGCGCACCGUCGUCGUCUUCCCGGUGCCGUACUGGGCGGCGAUGAUCAUGAACACCGUGACCGCGCUGCUCGACCCCGUCACGCGGGACAAGAUCGCGCUCGUCGCCGGCGACACGGACGUCGACACGCCCUGCCCCGCGGGCGUCUGGGACCACGUCGCCGCCGACGCGCUCCCGCCCCGCGCGCG